UUGCCCGAGAUCAGAAAUAGAACCAGUACGGGAUUUUUUUGGGGGAAGAGCGAGAGGCGGUGCCGAUGGGCUUUUGCUCGAGGCGUGCGAGGGAGGAGAGACAGCCUAGGCAGGUGUGCGUGGGCCGUGGGCAGCAGGUGGCGAAACACAACACAAAAACGUAAACAUGCACCUCAGGCUUUUUAAGGCAAAGCGGCCGCGGCUAUUGUGCAGCGCUUGUGUAUAUAUCCCAAGAUUCACAGAAACUCGUGGGAGGAGGCGUCGGCGAGAAAGAAUUGCAGAGGCAGGGGCUAAACAACAGCAGCAAGGCCCCGCACGGCUGCCAUUGCGAACUUUACCUGUAUGCGAUGGUGCUGCUGGCGUUGCGGAGUGCUGGCGUUGCGGAGUGCUUCCCAGAGUACCGGCUGCUCCUCAAAACGACGUCUAUGUGGGGUGGUGAGGAAUGGAGGUGGGAGGUUAAGAAAUGGUCGAACCGAGGGGCUUGUGCUUGCAGAU